AGAAAUAAGAGUAGAAUGCAGUGGUUGUCCCCAAGGUUGAGACGGGCCAGGUCCCCCAACACAGCUGUCAAGAGCAACCAAGAGCAGCCAAGACCCAGAAUGUCUCACCUGCAGUCCCUCGACGAGCUGGUCAAGGAGUACCUGCUCUUCCGGGGCUUCACGCACACCCUCAGGACCCUCGACAAUGAGCUCAAGAUCGACAAGGACAAGGGCUUCAGGGUGGACCGCCUGGUGGACCAGAUUCUUAGCAGCAUACAGACCUAUGACCUGCUGGGGCUAAGGGAGCUAUGGGCACACCUGGACAGGAGGAUAUUUGCCCGGCUGCCUCACACGCUGCUUCCCUGUGUACGUAAGCUGGAGACGAGCAUCCUUCGCCUCUACGUUAUCAACACAAUCCAGACCAACAAGAGUGAGAAGCUGACCGAGUUUUUUGAGAAGAUGGCAGCCGACCUACAGAGUCAGACUGAGUGGCGGGAGUGGUUCAUCCUCCCGUACCUCAAGGGGGCGGAGGAGAACCCGUCCUUCGCCAUGUACUUCACGCGCCAGUGGCAAGACACUCUCCUCGUCUCCCUCCACAACUUCUUCGCUGUAGUCUUCCAGAGUAUCGAGCUGCCCACACUUGCCAGCUACCAGGAGGAGGCGGCCAAGAUUACCCGAUUGCAGGAGGAGAACGAGCAGCUUCGAGUCCGCCUCUCGGCCCUCACCACCAGCGACUCGACCAGCCUUGACCUGCUAAACGUCCCGGACCCGCCUCCGCCGCCGCACCUCAUGGAUGACUUCUACAACAUUGCCCAAGAGACGCCAGCAUCAGACAGUCAAGUCAAGUCCAUCAAAAACAUUCUCUUUGGCUUUGGCCAAGGUCUGCCCACCUCCCCCACCCUGUCACGGAAGGGGACCAGCACGGCGACCACCACAAGCGCCGCCACAGCCUCGCCGCAGCCCAGCUCAUCCACCUCUCAGGCCCCGGCAGGUGGGCAGGUGUCCAGCCACACAUCUGUCAGGAGAACCUACUCUCAGGUCCCCAGUGAAGAGAAGAAGCGGCCGAGGUCAUCCAGUGUUGCCAGCGUGCCCUCUAAUCGGAACAGCGGGGAACACGUCCCUGUCAAGAGGCUGGUGCAGGCCGGCACACCCGCUGCUGGCCGGCCGUCACGCUCCCCCAUCAAGGCCAGGCCACAGGAAGAGUCCUCGGGAUCCUCCAAGCUGGACAUGUCGAGUGAUAAGUCAUCCUUCCUGCUGCUGGGACAGGAGGAGUACAGUGAACAUCGAGCGGUCGUGACACACGCCGUCUUCAACCCAUCAGGCACGCUGGUGGCCUCGGCAGACAUCGAUGGCGUGGUGAAGCUGUGGUCACCCUCCCCCUCCCCGAGGACUCACUGCGGGGUGGUGGUGAAGAGCUCGGUGACAGCGGUGGAGUGGCUGCCAAGGGGUGAACGCUUCCUCCUAGUGGCCACCAAGACCGCCUCACUCCGCCUCUUCGACACCCGGGACAAGAAGACGGUGUGGGAGCUUGGCCCGGACACCUGCCAUGUUCUCAAGGAUCAAAGGAUAAUGGGCGUCAAGAUGAGCCCCAGCGAGACGAGUGCCGUGGUGAGUGUUGUGCCACGGGUGCGUCCCCAGGGCUCCGCCUCCCCAGCCCCCCCAGCCCUCCACACCCUGGACAUGAAGACCCAGAAGGUGGAGAGUUCCUACAAGCUGGAUGGGGGCGUGGUGAACAGCUGCAUUAUGAACCACAACGGUGGGCUGCUGGUGUGUGGCUGCAAUGAUGGGUCCGUACGCAUCAUUGACCUGAGGCGACCGGACGUCAUCGCCUCCUGGCCGGCCCACCAGGGGGAAGUCUUCACUGUGAGACUUUCGCCGCAGGAGAACAACAUCUACACCAUUGGCAGCGACAACAGGUUUGCUUGCUGGAGCAUGGCCCAGACAGGUGCCCACAUCAUGGACCAAGUGUUGCAUGAACGUGCAGCUGGCCCCUUCCUGGUGGGUGUGGGGGGUGCGUCUGGGGGGUCAGGGGGCCGCAGUGUCCUCCUUCGUCCCUAUGGCCCCCUCUUUGCCCUGCACCAGGACGGGGAGCACCUCCUCACCUGCUCCCCCUCUGGACCAAUCAUUUACAAGGUGGGAGACACCGGGAUGGAGCAGGUGAUGGCGGUGGGCGGCAGCAAGUUCCCAGUGAUGACGGUGGACUGGUGCCACACGCUGCAGUGCGGCACCUCCAUCGCUGCAGCGCUGGAUGGCACGGUCACAGUGGCCACCCUCAUGCACCAGUAACACACACACACAUGCAUGCACACACACACACACACACACACACAAAUACCCGUGAGUAUUGUUCUCUGAUUACCAGCAGUUUUAUUACAUAUUUUAGAUUUCAAGCGGGAUCCAGUGAUGGUCACUGCAGUGAACUCAUUGUGUUGAAUCUCUUGACUUGAUUUAAUUACUGAUUGUACUGCUUUAUAGUUUUUGUAAAUUUAGUGUCUGCUGACAGUAAACAGAAGCAUGCAAUCAGGCUGUUAGGGCAUCAUUUUCCAAUGCCAGUGAGCAGCUGUGAGACUUAAAGUUUCACAGCUGUAGAUAACUAAAGCAUUCCAUAAAUUAAGUUUUCAAUAUAUUUACUGGGCAACAUGAGUCACAAGAAGUAUUUAUUAGUUGAAUUGUAAUAGAUUUAAUCCACAGUUCUUUCAGUUAUCACUUCAGAAAGUUAGGUUGCCAGACUUACGUUCGUGCUCCCUCCAUAUUAACAACUUGCCCAAUGGCAUCUACUGUAACUGUGUUAAGAUGAUUUUCUCAGGAAUAGCUUUCGUAGAGAAAAGAUUUUUAUUACAUUUUUUUAUGAUGUACAGUAAACCCUCGCCUUAACGAAUCCAUUGGGGGAAGGGGGUGACGUUAUAUCCGAAAAUCCGGUAUAUCUGAGGGAUCCAAACUUUUCCCAUAUCACAAACUUUGUUCAUUAUAUGAGUGGAAAGUUUACUAUUUCCAACCAUUUCUGUACAUAAUGAAGUUUGUUUGUUAUGUUAGAUGAAAGGUGAGGCAUGGAAGGAUGAGAGUGAAGGUGUUUACAGGUGGGCGGCCAAAGCUUGAAUGCAUAGACAUGCACUAACUGGUCGGCUUUGUUUUCACCGCCGCCGACCUACGUGCGUGUACAUGUUCAGCCGGCCCACCACUGAACCAAGCCCUGCACUUACAGAACUUGUUUGGUAAAUCCCUGCAUAUACUGGGGUCGGAUUUAUCAAGCCACUCACAAGACCUGUCGUUGGUAAGUUUUCCGAUAAAUCUGUCUACUACAAACACUCCUUGUAUUCUCCUUUUGCUUAGGCAGCUCCAAUGACAGUGAAUGAAGUGCCGGCCAGGCCAUCAUUUCAUUCUCUGCCAUUAGAGCUGCUGAAAUAUCAAGACCAAGGAAUGGUCUCAGAAGUGGCUUGAUGAAUCUGGCCCCUUUACUGGCUCAAAACAUUGUUGAAAUUGAACUUUGUUAUAUUGGUCUAUAAAUGUGAGGGUUUACUGGAUUUAGGAUUUCCUAAGAUCUUGUAAUGUUUCCAAGACCCUUGGCAUCCCAUUCCUACUGUCUGGCAGCAAGGUGCAGGCUGGUAUUUGGCAUGUAAUUCUACUGUUUUGUGUGUAGUGUAAGGCUGACUGCCUGCAGCUCGUGAAUGCAUCGUAUAAACAGUAAUGACUUACCAGCUGGUGAUGCUUGGGAUGUGAGAUUUGUAUAAACCUUAAUACCAAUCAUAGAUUUGUACAUGAAAAAGGCAGAACAGGUGAGUGUGAUAACCCUUUUGUUAAUAUGUUGGCUUAUUGAAGGUGUGACAAAAGAAUAUAUGUAAAUAUCUGUACAGUGGUUGGAUGCAUAAGAAGUGUUGGUGGCAGCACUGUGUUGUAACCCUCUAUCUCAUGGAGGACACUGAGGGAACACCACAAAAAAAUAUAAAACUGAUAAUCUAUAGGUCACAUACUUUUCUAAGUCAAGGUAGAGAGAAAUCACAGGAUAUUUUCAAAACUUUUCAUUACGAACAUGCAUACAAGUUACCUAAGUGUACUUCUUUUGACCUAGUAUUUGUUGGAUAAGGUAACUUGUAAAUACCUUUCACUAACUUGCAGUUUGAUACUUAGUACUGUUGCUACAGUGAUGGUCUAGCUUGUGGCUAUCAAAUUGAAUCAUGUCGACUAAAGAAAUUACAGUAUCAUUAUCACAAGUAAGUAAACCAUUUCAACCCAGACUCUGUAAAGACAAUAUGGUCCACAUGUCACAUUAACAGUAAUAGUGGAAAAAAAUGAUAAUCAAGAAAAGUCAAGUAUAUUUGAUAAUCAAGAAAAGUCAAGUAUAUUGAGAAUUCUCCUUGGAGAGAAUGUCAUUUCAACAUUCUUAGUGACAUGCUCCAGCAACACCUCCUCCCCACACGUAAUGUAAUGAUAGAAAAGCUAAAACAUCUUUGUAGAAAACACAGGGCACUUGACUUCCUGCAGUAUGUCACUUCUUUCAUUGCAUCGUGGUUGUCUUCUUGUGAAUACAUGACAGUUCCUUGUCCUCACUCAUCCGUCAAGCAGGACACUUUCCAUCACACCACGCUUCAUGCUCUCAACGGAAGGGAAUAAAUAACUGUUCACUCUUCAGUACUCAUAAGUGUUUAGGAUAGGAUUAUAUAUUCACAGAGACUCAAAAUAUAUAUACUAACCUUCCUUCC